AUGUGCGACAUUCUAAGCAUCGGCGGGGAGCCGAUCUUCGACGGUCGUAUCGUCAAGAUCAAAACUCACACGUACAAUCCUUACGCCAAUACCACGUUCGGGAAUAGCGACGAGUUACGAAUUCCUAUACAACAGCGAGAUCUGUACACGUUACCAUGCGAUAGUUUUCUCUACAUCGAGGGUAGACUCGAGUCGAAGGAGUCGCCCAGUGUUGUUGCGUUUAUGUUCGAGGAGAUUCGCUACGAGCUCGACGGUGUGGAGAUCGAUCGAAGCAGAAACGUCGAGAUAACGAGCACGAUCAAAAGUUACGCGUCGCUGACAGUCGAAAAAGGCAAGAUAUUAAAGAACGCCAGAUGGGACUUAUCGGCGGUAACUCAUCCGUCGAUCAACGAUUUCAACUUUUGCAUACCUCUCAACGUGCUAUUAGGUUUUUCCGAGGAUUACAAGCGUAUUGUGAUCAACGCGCGACACGAACUUAUUCUGAUACGAGCGCGUAACGAUAACAAUUGUAUCAUGCCGUACGAAACGCAAGAGCCUAAAAUCGUUUUGUUAAAAAUACAGUGGCGUAUGCCUCAUAUAGUGUUAAACGAUGUUAAUAAAUUAAGGUUAUUGCGCACGUUCGAUAGCGGACGAUACCUGAGCGUCGCUUUUCGCUCGUGGGAUCUCUACGAGUUUCCGCUUCUACAAAGCACGACUAAACACUCGUGGGCUAUCAAAGCGGCGACGCAACUCGAGAAAUCGCGAUACGUUAUUUUCGCGCUACAGUCCGGAAAGAAGAACGUUCUGUCCGAGGAGCCUUCCCUAUUCGAUGAUUGCAAACUGACUAAUGUCAAGCUGUAUCUUAAUUCCGAUUUUAAUUCUUACUACGACAUAAAUCUGGAUUUCGAUAAGCGCAAAGUCGCAGUGCUGUACGAUAUGUACUCGAAAUUUCGAAGAACGUACUACGGAUGCGACAACGACGAAGCGCUCUUAAAUCUGAAUAAAUUUUUAGUCCACGGCCCGCUCGUAGUCAUCGACUGUUCUCGACAGAACGAGUCGAUCAAGAGCGCCACCGUGGACGUCGCGUAG